UAUAAUUUUUUACCUCAAUGAUCUAAAAAUUAAUUUAUUAUCUAAUUAUGUAAAAAACUCUUAUGGUCCUCUUAUCGUAAGAAUUCUUUCUUAUAAAAGAAAAAUGAAAAGUCACUAUUAUGUAUGGUUUGUACCAUAGAACAUUAUUAUUUAUUUUGUUAUCAGCAAUCGAACCAUACAAUAUCGCAAAGAAGUAUGCUAUGGUAGAAGUAGAACUUCAUUUACAUAAUUCAUACAUUUAUUACAGAACUACUAAAUUAAUACAAAUAUGUUUCUCUUGUUUUCAAUUGUAUGAAAACUUGUAUUUUUUUAACUAAACAUUAUUUAUUAUAAUAAUUAUUAUUAUUAUACAUUUAAAAUUAUGUCAACUGAAAUCAAAAAUGAUGGAAAUAAUAAAAAUGUUUUGUCUACUCCUGAAGAAGUCAAGUUUACUGAAAGAAUGAGAAAGGCUACAAGAAAAGAACACCGAAUUAGUGAUGCAUUAAUUAAUGCAAAAAUGACUAUCGGUAAUAUUGAAUAUAUUACUUUUUAUAUUGCUAUUUAGUAGUAGUAAAAAAUCAGUGAUUACAUAUUUCAACUAAAAAAAAAAAUUUUGUUAACUAUUUAUUAAAUCAAAAUAGUUGAAUGAUGACAAAUUUAAAUUUCAAUUUCUACAUAAUUGGCUAUUUCUAUUAAAUAUUGGAAAAUACUGUUUUAAUUUUGGAACGAAAUGAUUAGUGAAACCUUGUAAUUUGAAUGUUGACGAUUGUCUAUUUCCAAAAAGUUUGAAUAAAAUUGAAUUAUCUAUGCUUUAAUACUUACACAUUGUUCAACAGUUUUAAUAAUUAAUGUCUGGAUAUUUUUUGACUAAAGAAAUAUACUUAAGUAUAUUUUUGUUAUUCUAUAAAAAUAAUAAAAAUAAAGAAGUCUACUUACCACAUUUAUAUUCUAAUUACAAUAUUGUAUUCAGCCAAAUGAGAGACUUAAAUUUAUUUAUCAAAAGAACUUAUUAGGGGCUAUCAAUAGAUAUAUUUUUGUCAUAGUUAUUUAUGUAUAAUAAUUAUAAUUUUUGCUCUCAGAAAUAAUUCCAAAAUAUAACUUUAAAUUUCAGGUAUGACAGAUAGCAAAGUAUGGGUAGAAGGAUUAAGACGUUUUUAUAUAGUAUAUCAAUACCUAGAGACAGCAAUGAAAAAAGAAGAAAACUAUAAUUUACAUAAAUUUGCCCAAAUCAAUGGGUUAUUUCGUACACAACAAUUUGAAAGCAGUUUAAGACAUUAUUUAGGAGAAAAAUUUCCAUUAGGAUUAACUAAAGCCAUGGUUGAAUAUUCCAACUAUUUAUCAUGUUUAGAAAAAGAAAAUCAUGUAUUGUUAUCACCAUUUAUUUACCACAUGUAUAUGGGUAUUUUGUCUGGAGGUCAAAUAUUAAUGGCUAAACAAAGAAUGGCUUUCUCAGACGGAAAAGGAUCUGAAGCAUUUUACUUUGAUGUUAAUGUAAGAGAAGCAAAAAAUCAACUAAGAAAUGAAAUGAAUGCAUUGGCACAGAAACUAGAUGAUGAAACAAAACUAAGAUUAUUAAAAGAAAGUAAAAUGGUAUAUUUGUUAAAUAAUAAAUUAGUAAAAGAAGUCAAAGUUCCUAUGGAAAUCUUAUUGAUCAAAUUAAUAUUUGUUAUUGGAAUUUUGAUUUUAGUUGUUUUAUUAUGGAAAGUUUCAAAAAAGUUUCUUAUGGUAUUAUUUUAGUAUAUAAGUAACUAACAACUAUUCUUUUAUUCAAUAUUUAAAGACUCAAUUUUUUAAAUUUAGAUUAUUUAAUAGUUUUACUUUUGUUUAGUUAUUAUUAUUUUUUUUUUUUGUACAUUAUAAAUUGUUUUUGGGUAAAUAAAAUGUUAAAAUGACAUCAUUAAAUAUUAUACAAAAAUGUGUACAUUAAUUUACAUAGUAAGCAUAUUAAUAGUUAUCAUAUGAUUAACGUUUUAUUUAUUUUGAUAAACUUUUCUACAAUUUUAGUUAAAACUAGAAUUUUCUAAAUGAA